GCACGGAGGUGGGCCGGGUCCGGAAACACCGUCUCAGCCUCGAGAUCGUGAUCGUCGCGAUCGUCGCCAUCCUCCACGUGGGCAUGCCUCUCCUCCUGCUCUUCGUGGUCCUGGCUUCCCUAGGCGAGAUCGACCGCUACGUCGCCGUCGACGCCGGGGAAAUCCGAUGCUAUCGGUGCAACCUCGAUCUCGAGGAUGGACCCAAGACCGAAUGCAACGACCCCUACGCGCCCACCUCCGAGGACCUCCACGCGUGUCCCCAGGUCGGGAGCCACCUGUGCCUCAAGAGCCGCGUCUUCUACAGGAACGUCCUGACGACCGUGAGGGGAUGCGUCCCGGCGUCCAGGGCCGCAAACUACUGCCACUUCCGGGAACGCUUUCCGGAAGCCGAGGUCGAGUGCUUCUUCUGCGGAGGGGACGCCUGCAACGGCUCGCCGGAUGCCUCCGUCGUUCCAGCCAUUCCUGCGAUUUCGAUGAUUUUUCUGGCGAUCCUCUCCUACCGGUAGAAACAUCGUAACAAUACAUAUACAUACAAUAAACUUCUCGGGGGUCGAUCGCUCCUACCGGAAGGAAGUAAAGCUAGAAUCUCUCCCUCUAAGAGGAAAUAAAUCACACAAAUGAACAAGCUUAAA